GGCCCAUUCGUUUACCGACUGCAGCCGGUUGCACCAGCCUGUACGAGUAAUUGCGGUUGAUCUUUCUGUUAUCUUCAUCCUCCUCCUCUUUCCAUAUUCUCAAGUCUUCAAUCAAUCUCCGGGUCCAGUCCAACACGUAACGUCUCUUCAUUAGAAGAUGGCUAACAAAGAGGAACAUGUGAAGCAUCUGAAUGAAUGGGAAGUCGUCUCCCUUACUUCAUCAGCUUACGCUGCUUCUCCUGGUCUAUAUAACUCAAGAGAUGCUUACUAUGGAGCUGAAAAUUCACGUGAUUUGUUCAUGUCUGACCACUUUGUAUUCCCGCCUAGCCAGCAUGAGGAUUUACCCCUUGAUGAUGAUGAAAGAAAGGAUGGCCAAGGCUUUAUGCUGGAAGCUCAGGGAUUGUCUUCUGAUAAGUUACGGGAUGAAAAGAGUAUCUAUGGUGAACCUCCGCUUAGUUCUUCUCAACCAAUGUUGUAUGAACACGGGUUUAUCGACUCUGAGCCGUAUGCUGAUGGGGACUUGGAUCCCCCUGGACUUGAGAAGGAUGGUGAGAAAGCAACAAACGACCUUCCUUGCGAAGCUUGGUGGAGAAGGAAAGCUGUUUCUGUGUAUUCACGGACAAGAGAAGCAAAUGCGGUAUGGUCCUUAUUCUUGGCGGCUGCUGUCACGGGACUCGUUGUUCUUGGCCAACGCUGGCAACAAGAGAGGUGGCAAGUUUUGCAACUCAACUUGCAAUCAAGCAUCAGUAGCGAGAAGCUGAGCAGGGUACUUGAACCUCUCUCACGCUUGAAAGAUGUGAUUGUGAAAGGUAGCCCUCAAGAAUCUCUCGUAAGGAGUGGCACCUCCAGUAAGAUGUAGUGACAAAAGGAUAUAUGUUGCUCAGAAGAGCACAUGUUUAUAUAUACAAACUUGGUCUUGAGUUACAUAUGUGUGUGCCACAAUGUCAAAACGCUUUUGGUUUUAUUUUAGCCUAUGUUGCUUCAUUAUCUUGUACCAUUUGAACGGAGAUUCAGUGGCCUUCUCACAUAACUUUCUCUUUCUGUUACAGAAUCUUCUUUCUUUUGUUAGUUUGGAAAUAUAUAUACAUAUACAGUUGAUUCUUUU